GACAAAAGCUGUUUCGUCAGCUCUCCGGAUAACGAGAGGCAGACCAGCGUGGGGUUCGCGGGAAGACCUUUCUGCUGCCUUACCCGCGUCGUGAUAGUUCGAAAAACGUCACGAGAAACAAUUGAUGGGUAUAGUGCAAUAACGUCCACUCUGACUAAAAACACUAGUGUCCGUUUUGGUUCCUCCCGCGUUUGGGGAGGACAAAAGAGAUUUCCCGCUUUGUUCCACAGGGCCCCCUAUUUCAUACACACUUUUUCAUUUUGGUGGAGAAGAUAUGGGGGGCAUGAGAAGAUGUCAAUCGAGAACAUAUUUAAGAAAUACAAUUGAUAAGUGACCUUUGGUGUCCUCUGAAGCUUAAGGCAGGACUGAAGGAGAGUAAAGAGGUCCUUCCUUCAUAAGGAGUCAAGCGCUUCUUAGCCCCAGAGGAAGAAUCGUAGGAUAGUACUGUCACCUUCUAAAAGCCGAUAAAUUAGCACACGAAGAGACUUUUCUAUGUAGUCAACACAUCCUGGGGUUUCAGUGUUACCUUCCGGGGAUUCGUGCUCGUGCAAGUUGUUCAUAUGUGAGAUACCGAACAUCAUUCCCGCUUCUUCGCAGUACUGUAUCAGAGAUUUGGCCCGUUUGGAAGUGAAAUAUAACGAGACGACGAGCCACGUCUUUAAAGUAGAGAGAGAGGUAGAAGAGUUGUGAUUGAGAGUUGCUGAGAAUGGCCCGGACCAAGCAAACCGCCCGUAAAUCCACCGGUGGCAAAGCCCCCCGUAAGCAGUUGGCCACUAAAGCUGCCCGGAAGAGCGCUCCUGCUACUGGGGGAGUGAAGAAACCCCAUCGCUAUCGACCCGGCACCGUGGCCCUGCGAGAGAUCCGCCGCUACCAGAAAUCUACCGAGCUGCUCAUCCGCAAGCUGCCCUUCCAGCGCCUGGUUCGUGAAAUCGCCCAGGACUUCAAGACCGACUUGCGCUUCCAGAGCUCGGCCGUUAUGGCCCUGCAGGAGGCCAGCGAAGCCUACUUGGUGGGGCUCUUUGAGGACACCAAUCUGUGUGCUAUUCACGCCAAGAGAGUCACCAUCAUGCCCAAAGACAUCCAGUUAGCCCGGCGUAUCCGAGGCGAGAGAGCUUAAAAGUUUACAUCCUCCACCUUUUGGCAACUAGGAAACCAUUACGAAAGAUCCAAAGGCUCUUUUAAGAGCCACCACAUUCACAUUCAAAAGGAGCUGCAACACACUCGUCAUUUGUGCACCCUCAAUCGUCAUACAUGCAUAAUCAGGUUUAUGUAAAAAACAACAACAAAAAAAACGCUGAGAAAACCACAUAACAUUGUAGCCCUAUCCCUGACGAAAUUGCUGUUUCCCCGAAAUACAUCCUCCUGCACUUAACUCUUCCCGUGAGUUUGGUUUCUGCUAUUUGUGUCUCACAUCGUGCCGUCUGUUGCGUGAGCUCGUCUA